AUGGAAAAUGAUUUCCCCACACCUACACUGACUGUGACUCCAAACAGUCCUGUUUUCACUGGAGAGACAGUCAAUCUGAAGUGUGAGACAAAGCCUGAUCACAGUAACUGGAGAUAUGAGUGGUAUAAAGACAGCAAUGAAGUGUCUAAACGUCACACUGUAAACAGAAACACUCUCACUAUUAAACAAUCUAAAUCAUCUGAUGCGGGUCAGUACACGUGUAAAGGACACAUAGAUGGAAGAUCAGUCUCAUCACACUCAAGCUCUGCUGUUUCUCUCUUAAUGAAGGAUUUACCCACAUCUACACUGACUGUAACUCCAGACAGUCCUGUAUUCACUGGAGAGACAGUCAAUCUGAAGUGUGUGAUUGAGUCUUACAGAAACUGGAGAUAUGAGUGGUAUAAAGGCACAGACAGUGUAAUGUUACAGGCGUCUAAGCGUUACACUGUAAACAGAGGCACUCUCACUAUCAAUGGAGUAACUGCAUCUGAUGCGGGUCAGUACUGGUGUAGAGGACAGAGAGAUGAAAGACCAAAAUCAUCACAAUCAAGCUCUGCUGUUUCUCUCACUGUGACAGCGAGACCAAAACCUGUAGUGAAGGUGACUCCAGAUCAGCGUGUGUUCAGAGGAGAGACAGUCACUCUCACAUGUGACAUACAGGGAGGAGGAAACAUUCAGUGGACAUACAGCUGGUUUAAAGAUGGUUCAGUCAUCAGACGCGUCACUGAGAGAGUCUACACCAUCACAUCUGUGUCUGAUAAUAGUGGUAAAUACAGCUGUAGAGGAGAGAGAUCAGACUCACAGAGAUCAGACAUCAGUGCUGCUGUUACACUGACUGUAUCAGAUUUACCCACAUCUUCACUGACUGUGACACCAAACAGUCCUGUAUUCACUGGAGAGAGAGUCAAUCUGAAGUGUGUGAUAAACUCUGAUCACAGUAACUGGAAAUAUGAGUGGUAUAAAAGCACAGACAGUGUAAUGUUACAUACAUCUGAGUAUUACACUGUAAAUGGAGACACUUUUAGUAUUGUAAAAGCUAUUACAUCUGAUCAGGCUCAGUACUGGUGUAAAGGACACAUAGAUGGAAGACCAAAAUCAUUACAAUCAAACUCUUUGUAUCUCUCUGUGAAGGAUUUACCCACAUCUACACUGACUGUGACACCAGACAGUCCUGUAUUCACUGGAGAGACAGUCAAUCUGAAGUGUGAGAUUGACUCUGAUCACAGUGACUGGAGAUAUGAGUGGUAUAAAGGCACAGACAGUGUAAUGUUACAGACGUCUGAGCGUUACACUGUAAACAGAGACACUCUCACUAUCAGAGGAGCUACUGAGUCUGAUGCGGGUCAGUACUGGUGUAGAGGACAGAGAGAUGAAAGACCAAGCUCAUCACACUCAAGCUCUGUUUCUUUCUCUGUGACGGAUCUAAAGCCAAAGCCUGAACUCACGUCAGAUCCUGCAGGAGCUGCACUGACAGGAAACACAGUGACUUUGUCCUGUCACAUGGAUCUGUCCCCUGGAUGGGACUUUUACUGGUACACACACACACUGAACUCUGAGACAAAGACAGAAACAAACUACUACAGAGUGAAGAUUGAUUCAGUGUCUGAUGGAGGCAAGUACUGGUGUAGAGCUGGAAGAGGGGAAACAGUCUACUACACACAAUACAGUGAUGCACUGUGGGUAAAUGUUACAGUGAGUCCUAAAGCUGUGGUGACGGUACGGCCUGAUGAACGAGUGUUCAGAGGAGAAACAGUCACUCUCAGAUGUGAUAUAAAGUGGGGAGGAGACACUGAGUGGACGUACAGAUGGGAAACAGAGGGAACAAACUACCAAUAUACAAACUCUGUCAGCCGAAUCUCAACACAAGAGUUGAACAUCAGGAGUGUUGAUCACUUUCACAGCGGUAAAUACACCUGUACAGGACAGAUGGGAACACAAAGCUCUCAGCGCAGUGAUGCUGUUACACUGACUGUAUCAGCUGAAGCUCAGGCAGCAGUGCGAGUGUCUCCACAGCCGUGGCUGACUGAAGGAGACUCAGUGACUCUGAUCUGUGAGGUUACAGGCUCCUCUACAGGCUGGACGUUCAGCUGGUUCAGAGAUGAUGAUCAUCUGUCCGACAGCAGCAGAGGAGCUGGAGGCUCUUACACUCUCAGUCCUGCUGCUCUACAGCACACAGGAGUUUAUACGUGCAGAGCAGAGAGAGGACGAGCAGCCUAUUACACAAAGUACAGUAACACACAGCCACUGUGGAUCACUGGUGUCUCUGCUUCAGUGUCUCUGGUGGUCAGUCCCAGCAGAAGUCAACACUUCUCAUCUGACUCUCUCUCUCUGAGCUGUGAGGAUCAGAGUAACUCUACUGGAUGGUCAGUGAGAAGAUACACAGACAGAAACACAGAAGAUUGUUCAAAACUAACAGGAUCUACAUGUCGAAUCGACUCCCUCAACACAUCUGACGCUGGAGUUUACUGGUGUCAGUCUGAAUCUGGAGAGAAACGUCACCCUCUCAACAUCACUGUUCAUGAUGGUGAUGUGAUUCUGCUGAGUUCUGUUGAUCCUGUGAUUGAGGGAGAUACUCUGACUCUACACUGUUUACAUCGAUCCACAAACUCCUCGAUCCUCAGAGCUGAUUUCUAUAAAGACAGAUCACUCGUCCAGAAUCAGACAACAGGAGAGAUGAACAUCACGACUGUCUCAAAGUCACAUGAGGGUCUGUACUACUGUAAAACAGAGAGAGGACAGUCACUGCACAGCUGGAUCUCAGUCAGAGUGUCAGGUUCAGGUCAGAUUUCUGUCUUCAACAUCCUCAGUUCUCUUCUGGCAGCUUGUCCGUAUCUGCUGGCGACAGUCGUGCUGCUUUUCAAAUGCUGCAGAGCGAGAGAGUCACAGGAUGCUGGAGUCUCAGGCUGAAGGCUGGGAAACACACUGGACACGGCCAGUCCAUCACAAGACUAACACACACACAUUCACACUCUCACUCAAUUUAGUGUCUACUUCACCUGUGCUGCAGAUUAGAUUGUGGGAGAAACCAAACCAACACAUGGAGAACAAGCAAACUCCACACAGAAAGGCCUCCUGUUCAUCAUCUACUCCAAAACAAGU